AUAACCUGUUUCAUCCAAAGAAAAAGGUUAUGUAAGUUGAAAAAUGUUAAACAUCAUUUUCAUUCUGUUGUCAUAAGUGUAUAUUAAGUAUAUAUUAUAAUUAUAUAAUUAUAAUAUCUUUAUAAUAUUAUUUAAAUAUGUAUGUACAUAAUUUUUUUAAUUGACAUUAUUAAUUAUUUAAAUAAAAAAAAUCCAUUCUUUUACGUCACAUCAUCAAUUUGUGGAAAUUCACCGAUUAUAGCGUAGAGGGCAUUGUCUUCUCUACUCGCGAUCAGAGAAUCCUCUUCGUUCAAGAUGAGAAUGCAAGUGAAAGGUUUAUCUUUCCAACAUGGACAAUAAACAAUAGCGUAUAGAAGUGUAUCGCAAAACCCCUGUAGCAUACGUAUUCCUCUGCUUUCCCUCCUUAUCGUCUUGAAAUGUCGGUUGCUCGGAAGAUAAUUACUUAAUCACGGUAAUUUUACUAGUACUUACCUAUCGUGCCAUCACGUUGUUCUGUCACGUGCUUCGGCUUCUUUAGAUUCUCUGUUUCGAGCGAUUCGAAACCAUUUUAAGUUUUAAGCCAAUCAAAUGAAUUCUUCCACUUUUCCUUUCUCUUUCGUAUCUCGUCAAUCGUGAAAUUCGUCUUCUCGUAUUCAGUUUUCCUUUCCGUUCCAUUUUCUUCUGAUUAAAAGAUAUUCACGUUAUGUUAUUUACGAAUAAUAUAUCGAAUGAUAUACAACAAUGAUAUACAACUAGUUGAAAGAUAAUCCGCAAUUUAAAAAAAAAAAGUGAUCGCACGAAGAAAAUUGAUACGAUAAUUCUGCCUUUUCAUAAAUUCUUGUGUUUUAAAUGCAUCGGUUUAAUACCAACUUUUAAAAUCAAAAAGUUACUAGUUUUUCUUCUAUAGAAAAAAGAAUUCACGAAUUCAGGAUCAUAUUGGUCAUAUUGGUCAAUCUUGAUCAUCUUAUAAGUAAUCUCACUAUAUUUCUUUGGUGCAUAAUCGAAUAUUCCGACAAAUUGUAAUAUUGCAAAAAUAGAUGGAAAAAAAUUAUUUCGAACGUUAUCAGAAACUAAUUUAGCUAUUUUCAAUACUGACAAGCUAUUUUCGAUACUGAACAUUAUAUAUAACAUAUACAUAUGUAUAUUACGAUUCAUAAUAUUUUUAAUCCAACGUCACGUAUCUUCUGUUAUCAAGCAUAUUUUUGAAAAAUAUGUUAUAUUAUAAUGCAAAUUAAAAAAGAAUUAAUUGCGUGAUUAAACUUUAUUAUAUUUUAUUAUAUUUUAUAUAUUUUGAACCUUAAUUUAAAAUGGAACAAAAAAAUUAAAAAAAUUAUAUUAAUACGAUAAUAAAUAAAAUAUUAUUUUAUUUAAAAAUGCUCAAUCAAACACUUUUUCUUCUAUUUCAAUUGAUUAAAAUUAUUGAUAACAGUUAAAUUAUAAAAAGGAUUUUAGUAAAAUGUUUCAAUAAAUAGCGAGGAAAGCGAGUUUUUCCUUUCUUACGGGUUUUGCACGAACGCAAGCGUGACUGCCAGUUGCAUUAGAAGCUUUCGCUUUUAGAAACAUGCAUAUAUUAAAAGUUAUUAUCAAGUGACGACCGAAGCCGCGUGUAUCUUGGCCACGUAAAUUAUCAACAUGUUUUUAUAUAUAUUUUUCUUUUUAUGAUAAAUCUUUCCAGGUGUUCAGUCAUCUUGCACGAAUUGAUUUUAGAGAUUCUCUGAUUGCUUACAACAAAAGUGUUAUUAAUAUAAAUAUCAAUAGUCAUAAUCGAUAAUGCAUGAUAAUAACUUUCUUUCUGUUAUUGUUUACGAUAAGUUUUAAGUUUUUAAUUUCUAUCUUCUUAUUCGUUUUUUUAUUUAAACAUCAUUUUUUUCUGAACAUAAUUCGAUCAAUAUUCUCGAUAUUUAGUUUUUGAAAACGAAAUCGAACGGUGAAACGCAAACGAAAUGUGCAAAGCACAGAAGAAACAAUUAACAUGGUGGCGCUUCGUUAGUAACGGUCAGACGAUUCGUUAUUGUAGCAACCAAUUAUUACUGUACUGUUCUCUACUGUUGUUUCAGAGAACAAAGUUAAAUUUACUUUUAAUUGCGCAUUGAUCACGAGGACAAAGUUCGUUACCAUAGUUACUUGAUCAUUCCUUCGGAAUUUUAUCGGUACAUUAACACUAAUGAUUUUUAGUUACCUAAUCGUGAAAAGAACGACGGGGAAAACUGCGAAAUAUCCGGACUCGAUUUAUGAAAGAUUAGAUUGGUCGAAAGUACGAUGACAUCCAUGACAUCAGAUUAGAUAAGAGUCACGUCGAUAAAUUCGAUUGAGAAUAAAAUUCCGUGAAAAGAGUGGCGCAAGAAUAUCUGGCACGCAGUGUAGUACAUUGCAGAGGAAAAACGAGCGGUAGCCAUGACUUUUGUUACUUGAAUAUUUCGAUAGGAGGCGCGACUAUCCCGCCAUCAAACUUUCAGAAGGGCGAUCAUUAUAUUUAUUUCUCACUUGGAAAUUAACAACAGCACAGGCAAAAUGUAAGUCUUGGCCCUCGCUAGGCCGGUUUCCGGCGAUCGAAUUUAUAUUAUCCCCAUCAUGUGCAAAUCUCAUUACGAACUCCGGAAAAUUGGAUCAAUUCGAGAAUGCGUUCACUGUUCUAAUUCGGAAUUACAGUUUAUCGAGUUAUACACGUGCACCUGUUCGAAGAAUCUCAACCGAAGACUUUCAACCAAAUCUUCAUUUACCGCCAUCUUUUGUUCGUCACGAUUAGAAAAUAUAAAUCGUAGAAGAAAAGAAAAAGUAAAAACAUGAAAAAAAAAUGUGUUUCACUCGACAAGUGAAAGCUUUUUGAACGACUUUGUAGAAGAAACGAGUCUGUUAGUGAACCAAAACGAAUUUUACCAGUGUUGUUAGGAGAAGCGAAACAAGUGGCACGAAAGUGAAAAUAAAUAUGUAUGGAACAGUGAGUCGAAAAGAUUGGAAAAAAACGAGCAAGUUUGGAUUCCGAAUGUACACAUCAGAAGAAGUAUAAUUCGAAACGAAUAAUUGUCUUGAAAUUUUCUCGAGACUCGAACGAACGUGAACCUGAUUUACCUAGUUUUCUUAGUUUUAUAACCGGAAUUCUCCCAUGAUUUUAUUCGGUUAAGUGAUACUUAGAUACUUUCGUUGAUUAUACGAAGGCAAAUUGUGAGAAUUUUUUUUACGAUGAAAUAAUUCAAUGGUAUAUAGAAUUCAAUGAUGGCUUUGAAGAAUUUAUAAUGGCGAGGUUGUAGCGAUAAAACUAAAAUGCUUGCAUCUGUAUUUUUCCUUGUUUUUCUAAUAGAAAAAAAACGAACAGAGACAUAAUCGCAACGAUAAAAGUCGCUCGUCUGCAUCGGGUCUAGUCAUCUUUGGUAUACGGUUUGCAUUCAAUGCAGCUUCGAAUAUAGCAAUAGCCUAGCCCGCGCACAGCGCAUUGACUAUUGCAAAAUAUAAAUACAUAUUGUUACGAAAUGAAUUAUAUAUAAAAUAUAAUUAAACUGUAUUGUAUUACGAACAAGAAAAUAAGCAAUUUUUAAAUAAACGUAAUAACAGCGAUAACAAAAUCGAAGCUUUCAUUAUUUUAUAUUAAAGUCUUGCAACAUUUAUGGAUUGUCAAUGAUAGAAUUUUUUUAUAAUUUUUUUACGACCUAUAAAAAGUAAUAUCGUUUUGUUGAUGUUUAAAAUUGUGCGCGAGUUUUUUUAAACAAGUUCUUGCAGAACGACCUCAGCCAUUCGAUUCAAUAUCGAUCGGCGAAUCCCUUAGUAGAGAGAGUCUAUGAUUUGAAACCCGUUCUACUUGAUCGCCAAGUCAGCCGAGACAGUUCGUUAUUAUGCAAUCUGGUAAUGCAAACAAUCCAGUUGUCGCUUUUCUUUGGUCUGGUUAUGGAGAGAAACGAUCGUGUUUCUCUACGUGGAUCUGAUGGAAGGAGAGAGAAAAAAAAAAAAAAAAACAACGUCCUCGAAAUGGAUACGAAUCGAAGGAAAUAAAGAGCAGACGCAUUGACGUGGGCGAAAUCUGUAAAGAAUCAACGAUAAAUAGAUCGGUACGAUUCGCACACAAUCGUCGACCUACAUACGGUUCAUGAACUCCUGUGCAACAAUUAUCCUGACCUACAUGACCGCGAACGUGUUAACGAUCACUUGUUGCGAACGGAACUCCCUGGAGAGGAAAAAGAAAAAGAUAUAAUGCCAUCUUUAUUUUCCUUUCGUUCUAGACGAGGCGUUUGGCAAAUGUUGACAUUGGAAACACUGGAACGGUGACAAACGUAUCGAGAGGACAGAUGGCAGGCGAAACAAAUGUGCACAGCCUCGGGAAAGAAGGUUAUCCAAAGGCGAUUGAGAAACGUGAUUAACGAAUAAUUAUGAGAGGCUGCAAUAUUAAUCGCAAAAAUGAAUCUUUGUUUGAAAUAGAAUGCCAAUUAGAGAUGGUAGAAAAAAAACACUCUAUCUUGCUGGAUUAAUCAGUACAUAAUUAUUAGCCUCGAAAGUUGAAGAAAUUGGGACUUUAGCAAAGAAAAAAAAAACACUUGUAUAAUCUUUCUUUUUUUUUUUUUGUCAAUUAAUAUAUAUUGACACGUGAUUGUUUAAAGUUGAAGGAAUUUUUUUAUCUUAAAUUCGAAUCCAUUCGCGCAAAACUCAAUCGAAGGUCAACCUUCCGAGUGAAUAAAUAUGUAAAAUGAAUCGACGUUAGAGGAAACGAGUUGUCGAGAUGCGCUUACGCAACAUCUUUUAUUGCCAGCCAGCUCGAGGUUAUACCGCUGAGAAAACCAAUUUCCCUGAUGCUUAACCACGCUUCGAAUACCUCGUUAUAUCCUCCUCCUACGCUGGAUCGAAAUAUUUUUUUCCCUCGAAUAUGCGUAUACAUGUCAUAAUUCACAAUAAAACUAUCACAAUUUUUCGUUUAUCGCUUUGAUCAGCUGAUCGUUCAUCUUUAUCCACAAAGGAAGUAGGACGAACCGCUCGAUUCCCCUCAAGUAAUUGAUGCUGAAAAAUCAGAUUUAAUCGCGACCGAAUUAAUAAACGGCCACCAACAAAGCCGCGCACCGUGAACGAGAGCGCGUAAAAUGCGAUCUCAACGGCAAAGUCUUUUUUGGUCUAGAAACGAAGUGGUACUCGCGGAAGCGGCCUCCCCCCUCUCCUCGCGCAACUCGCUCGUUCCUCGAUUCUAUUGUGCCUCUCAUUAUCAUCCGGGUACAGUUCUCGAUAUCGAUAACGUAACGAUCCGGAUUACAUGGGUUUAGCCAACUGCGUGAUUCAUUGGUACGUGGUUGGAUAUAGUCAACGGCGACGCCAGUUUCUCGCUGCGCCCCGGUUCAAGAACUUGACCACCAGGCGUUUCAUUCAUCCAAUUGACUCGCUUGACAAGGUACACGCAGAUGACGCGAUGACGCUGCAUUGGUGGAUGCACUGGUUCUGGGUUACCGCUCAAUUUCUCGUAAUUUUAGGAAACCCAAUGCCAUCGAGCACGGGUGAGCCUCGUGGUCAGGUGCAGCAAGAUCGCCUGAGCUCGGAAUCGACGUCCAAAAUUACUUCGAUCGAGGCCGAGAGGAGCGAACCGCGACAGAGUUUUCGCGUGGCCAAAGCCAUCGGUCUUCAUCCAUCCACGAACACGGCUGUAAUGUUAGACAGGCAAUCGAGUACGAUUUCGGCUCCCGUGGAAAUGGUGGCGAGCGUGGUCGAAACGAGUACUAAUCCCGUGGAAGAGUAUCACGGAAAUGCGAGUAAUGCGGUCAGUCUGGACUCGACGAAAAGUUUCACGUCUCAACGAGUCGCAGACACUGUGGACAGGAUUCGUAAUUCGGCGGUGAAAAAGGAUAGUAAGAUCACGUGGAUUCUAACCACGAACAAGACCGGUGGUAGAUCCAAGUACGAGCAAGAAGAGAAAAUAGAUGAAAAUGGGAAUCGGAAUGAUACCACAUUGGACCAAGUGGAGGAUCUCACGGUACUACCUCUUCAGGAAGAGGUGUCUAGAAUCAGGCUGGUACUGAAUAAAACGAAAUCCUCCUCGCUCUUAUCUUCCUCUUCCUCCUCUUUGUCCUCCUCUGCCGGUAGUUCCAGUAUCAAGACGUUCAAUCGAUCCGACGAUGUCGAGAUCAACGACGACGACGACGACUUUGUCGAGCCACAAUUAUUUGCUACAGCUGCGUCGAUCCUCGAAGUUGGUGUGAGCGAACCUACGCGGCUGAGCAGAGCGCGAAGCGCGUUUCCCAAAGAUUUCCAGAGGGAUCAAGUACAGGAAGAUCAUCUUUCCGAUUACAAUGAGAGCAAUAGCGAGAACUCGAAGCGAGAGAAUACUUCGAGAUCGACGGUAGACAUUGCCGCUAUUACCGGAAGUUGCCUAGCGACUGUAGUUUUACUCAGCACAAUGGGUAGCCUUGGAUUCAUUAUGUACAGACGUAGGUAUCUGAAUCCGCCGCAAACGCUUAAUAGCGACAAAUGCAGUAAUCCCGAUAGUUCCGGUUAUAUCGAUGAUUCCACUAUUCGCGAUAAUUCCGAAGAAAUGUACAGUUUGGAUAACGAUUCGUUCUUAAAUUCGUUAGAAGCAAUGACAAUACAGAAUUAUUGGACGGACAGUGUGAAGCAUACGAAACUAUGACAAAAGAAGAUAAUUCAACCCGGAAAGAGGAUCGAAACGUUCAGUAUUUCCGAUGGUGAAGCGCACGAACAAGUAUCGUUGUUGGAACAGUAGUACUUACACGACGAGUGCCCGGCGUUUUGUAAUUGAAUGCAAAGAGAUUGAAUUUAUCGUAGUAAUCGUAUAGAUAUGCAGGAAUUUUAUUUUUUUCCGAUUGAAUCGUUAGCGAUUUCGAUGCAAGAAUGAGCGAAUAAAAUAUUUUAAACAUUUUUGACGACUUUUUAGAUAAAUUCCGUCGGUUUUAUAAUUUCUUAAAAGAAACUGACGAUACAUCAAAAUUACAAGAUUUGUGCGUGUAUUAUAUUCGCGCGAUAUAUCAAACGCGCAUAUAAAUUUGUGAAUAUUGAACGCAUACGAUAUAUAACGCAAUAUUUCAUGCACAUACUUGAAUUUUGAUUUUGUCACUCGUAUUGUUCCCACUAUUUUUCUACUACAAAUGCAAUUGGCAAUAGUUAAAUUUAAACGAGACAGCGAUACGGUCACUUUCAUCGGAUUAGUGACUGAAUAGUGCAAUAAAAUGUACUUUAUGGAUAAUUAUUGAAAUAUACUUUUUAGAACAGUAAGUACAAAUAAGGUCAUUAAUGUUUAACUAAAUAUAUAUUAGAGAUACGAGACAUAAUUUAAUAAAUCUGAAUUCUCGUAAAAUCAAUUGCAGUAUGAUAAACAAUUUCAUUAUUAUUGAAUAUUUGUAUUAUUGAAUUUUAGUUUCUAUAAAUUGUACUUAUACAUAUUAAUCAUUUUAAUUUAAGAUUCGAUUUUAACAUUUCUUAUUAUUUUUAAACUCUAUUGAAAGAUAUACGGUUUUUUCUAAUAGGAUAAUAGGAGUCGAAUUGCUCGCUUGCAUACACAAUCAGCUUCAAAUACUUUCAAGAUAGAAUCGGGCUAAUAAAAAAUCGGACCAAAUACGUACUGUAGUUUGUAGCUUUAUGCCUUUAUAACAUAUCCAGCAAGAAGUAAGGAGAUUUCAUUCGUUUUUUUCACUUCAGUUCAGCUUGUACAUAUGUACAUGUAUAUGUACUAUACAAUUAAUACGAAUAUAUCUAUGUAUAGACGUGCGAAUUUUCUGACGGUUUCUCGAAACUUUCGAAAUAUAAUUACGUUUUAGUAGAGGUUUGUUUGUUCAAAUAUAUUUCUAUACGAACCUUACAUCAAUGAAAAAAAGAUUUAUUGUGAUAGAUUAUAGAAUUUAAUAAAUGUAAAAUUAUCAUA